AUAAUACAAUAAAAAUACGUCAUCUCAUAUUAAUUCUUUGUUGAAAAUCUGACGUCAUUCAUAAUAAGCCACUUGACAGUUGAUCCGAUCAGUUUAAGGCAAAGUUGUCUGCUAGCUUACACGUCUGUCCGAUACGUAGUACACAAGUGUUGUGUUUUUAACUUAAUAAAGGCACAACUUACGAGCAAACGUUGCAUUACUUUUUAGUGACUCAUAUUUUGAUUAUAGAACAAAUACUAUAUCAAUUAGUUUUCGAAUAAUAAUCAUCUCAGCCUUUAAAAUAUAAAUGAUGUUUAAAAAUAGAACUGUGAAAACUUCGAAUGAUUGCAGAUAACAAGUGCUAUCAAAAUAAUUUAAUUUAGGUACUGAGGUGGAUGUGAAAUUCGUUUCAAAUUGUUAAUUGAACAUUGUAAAAAAUGGAUAGUGACAUCGAAGCUGGUCAUCGACGCAUUUUGAUGGAAAGUCGAGCUGCCGUCGAGCGUGGAAAUCAAUCGGUGGCCAAAUCUCAAGCAAUAGCCAUAGAGACUGAGCAAAUAGGGACAGAAGUAAUUUCGGAGUUGGGAGAGCAAAGAGAAACUUUGAUGCGAGCAAAAAACCGACUGAUUAAUACUGACCAAGAGUUAGCUAAAUCGAGAAAAAUUAUAAAUACUAUGAAAAGAAGGGUUUUGACGAAUAAAUUUGUUCUUAUCUUAAUUAUUAUAUUCGAAGUAGUUAUCUUAGGUCUAACUGUUUAUAUUAAAUUUUUUAAAAAAUAAAUAAAACUUGUUUAUACUUUGUUCAA